GCAAACCUCUCCUGCUCCGGACAGUUCCUUGCAUGUCAAGUUCAGGUUCAGCUUUAUUCCAUCUGACCAUGGCUGUUUUAUGUGAAUCGUUGUGACAAAAUGUUGGUAAAAGAUUAAUACUCAAGAAAAUACAAAUAAAAGAAAAGGAAAUAUUCUGCCGACAAUAUGGUCUGAACCUCAGAGAUACUUCUUCACCUUCCGAAAAACUCAUCGGAGGACCUGUUGUGUGUGAGCACAGCCUUAACCUCUAGGACCACUUGACGGCUCCACAUCACAGCCCGGGUAUAAUCCUCGCCAGAUCUUAUUUUUACCUUAUCUGAAGAACCGGUCAGUGACUAAUCUCUGGAGCCGACUCGGCACCUCUCACUAUAUCCAAGGCGUUCGAGAUGAUGAACACAGGAUCCAAUGGAACCAUGACAAUUUUAGCUAAUACCAAUGAAACAUUAAAAGGCACAUGUUUAGGCUGGGAAGUAUCGAAGUGGCUCCUCACCUAUCAGCCCCCGUACAUGUGGGUCAUCUUCGUCUUGGGCUUUAUAGAAAACUUGUUUGUCAUCUCCGUCUUUGUCCUUCAUAAGAGUCGCUGCACAGUGACUGAGAUCUACUUGGCCAAUAUGGCGGCUGCCGAUCUGAUUUUUGCUAGCAGCCUACCAUUCCGGGCUAUUUCUAGCCUAAAAAAAUACUGGCCAUUUGGAGGCUUUAUGUGUGCGACUGUUUUCUCCAUGUUCCGGCUCAACCUUUUCAGCAGCAUCUACACCCUUAUGAUGGUCAGUAUAGAGAGAUAUCUGGCUCUGGUGAAGGCCAUGUCCAUUGGUCGCUUGAAAAAUCCUUGGUGGGCAAAAGUGAUCUGUGGAAUCAUCUGGAUAUUUGCAGCUUUGUUAAUUGUGCCGAACAUAGUGAUCCGAAAGGUGGUGUUCAAGAAAGAAUUAAAUACAACUGUGUGUGUUACAGACAAAUCAUCUCAACACUGGUUUAUUGUACCAAAUAUCAUCAUAAAUGUCCUCGGCUUCUUAGUACCUCUGGUUGUCACCUCCUUCUGUACAUUUCAUAUCAUUUGUGUUUUAAGGAACAAUGCAAAGAAACAGUUCAAGAAAAAAAACAAGGAUAAAAAAGCCACUCGGCUGGUCCUGUCCGUAUUCUUGGUCUUCGUUAUGUGUUGGCUCCCCUUCAAUAUUACCAUUAUCAUUACCACAUUAGGUCAAUUGAAAGUUUUUAUUCCAUGUACGGUUAAAAAUGUCAACAGUUUUGUUCACCAUAUUUCUACUUAUCUUGCCUUCAGUAACAGUUGUAUCAAUCCGAUCAUAUACAGUAUGGUUGGGAAUCAAUUUAGGCAAAAAGCCAAAGAGGUCUACAGGAGGCUUCUAUGUAAAGGACUUGACAGAAGGACCUGA